AUGAAUGAUAAGAUUAAAGGGAAACAAAUUAGUCAUACUAGCACUGAUAGCAUAACAAACUUGGUGAAUUAUAUAUCUCCUCCACCUCCUAGUAGUUUUUCUUCUCCUACUUUUAAUUUGCCUAAUUCUUCUCCUGGUAGUUCACAACCUCCUCCUUUUAGUGAUCCUCAUUCUCCAUCUCCUGCAAAACCACCUGUUCUUUUUGCUUCUCCUCCUUCUAAUUCACCAUCUUAUAAUCCAACUUAUAAGAUUUUUUACAAUGAAAAAACUAUGACAAUCAAACUAUCCAUACCUGGGAAUCAAAA